AUGACGCUGAUAAACAUUCCUGAGCUGCAGCUCCCGCCCGCUCUGCUAUUCCUAGAGUCGGUGUGUCCUGGUUUGCUGCUGCUUGAAGACAACAUACAUUUUUCAACUACCAACGAGGUACCCAACCAUGUCCUCGAUCGAUUGGCUGAGCUCAAUUGGCCAUUAACUAGCUCAGCGGCAUUUCCUGCUGCUGUUAAAGCCAAGCUAGACUCAUCAUAUUUGCAUGUGGCGAGACCACCCUUUCAGCACGAUGUACAUAAAAACGUUGAGUCAACCACUUACGUCUCGUUGCCUUCUCAUAUUACCAAGAUAUUUUCCAAGAUAGUUGAUGGUCACCACAGCAGUGUCAAGCAAGAUGGUGGUCUCCAUAUUGGUGCAAACGUGAACCCGCUUAUGCCAGACCCUUAUCGUUUGGUGCACAUGAACCCUGGGUGUCUAAGUUCCAUGAUAGUCUUGUCGAACGCGAAGGCCCAUGAGCAAAAUGAGAAUCGUAAUCCGUUUCGGAACAUGACUUCUAGUUUGAACAAGUUUUUACGCAUGGGAACAACUCCAAUGGCCGAGGGCUCGGAAUCGCCCUUCGUAUCUCUCAUUAAUGCAAUUCCAGAAUCUUCGCCGCAUUUCAUCACACACCCACAGGUCGGUAACAAUCAGCAUCAAAAGAAGUCUCCAAAAUCUCUGAAGUUGUUUGCUAAGCUCUUAGAGUAUGACUCAAAAACCUAUCAUACGCAAGUUAAGGCCUCAACGACAAAAAAGCUUCUUGUAUCCACCAACGUGAACGUCAUUAAUGUUUUCGCAAUUGAUGACGAUCAUAAUUUUACAGGAACCAAAGAGACCAACUCUACGUCCGCCAUCUUUCCACUUGCAGAGGAGAAAGAGUCUCCCGCUCCAUCGAGCAAUUCCUCUGGACCGGGCUCCCCAGUGGUCUUGACGACUACUUGUAAAUCUUACAAAAAAAUUGUUGAAAUUCCAAUAUUGCGUUUGCAACUUCAGCUGAACUUGAUGGUGACCAGCAUCUUAACCUUAGUAUGCGCGCAAAGUCACAACCCAAUCGUUAUAUUGGGACUCAACAGUGGCUCAAUUUUAGCAAUUAAUCUUGCUGAUCUCACUUAUAGACAUUUUGACAAUUUUGGUUUGAGACCAAGUCGUGAUGGAAGCGCUGACGCGUCUUGGAGUAACACAUCCGUCACAUCGCUUUCUGCUAUCACGCAUACAAAAUACGAGCUUCUCAUAAUUGCAGGUUACGCCAACGGUGAGGUUAUCAUACUAGAUCCUCUAGGUACCGAGUCCGAACUGCAGUAUGUCAAGCAAAAUGUCGGACAUGAUAGCUCAAUUACUUUAUUUAAAAAGUUCGACUUGAGUCCCCUCAAUAAAAAGGUUGAAGAAAAUGAGAAAGACGACUCUCCUGGCUAUAUUGUUGGUCAUUUCAAGAUGAGCCAUAAGCCUAUUACAUCAAUCACGAGUACCAUUUCAUACCUGCAGCAUCCACCACCGAAUCUCAUGAAACUUCCGUUUAUUGUUGCAAUCGCUUCUGAUGAUGGCCUUGUACGAUUUGUGGAUCUCUUGAAUACGCAUAAUGAGAACUUUGGUGACCCAGAGAACUUUUACAAUCACCUGAUUGUCUCAGACAUUGUUGCUAGCUAUUUUCAGGACGGAGUUCGCCAUAUCGAGUUUUCACCUGAUCAUCGCUUCUUUGCAAUCGGCGGAAAAGGUGAUCUUAUUGAAGUUUUCAAAAUGACGUACUACAACAUCAAUGGCUUGAUAAACAAAAAAUCAAGUCAAAUGCGUGGCAGGUCCCGCAGUGGCACGGUCAACAGUGGAAAUUCAUAUCCUCAGCAUGCACCUUCCUUAUUUUUGUCGGCAACUGAAAGUGCCACCACUUCAACGACUUAUGAUUAUCGGGAAGAUAAUCAAGAUACAACGAAUGAACAAAAUUGCUUUUUCCCACCGAUGAUUAAGGAUAUUUCCAUAGUCAGUCGACUCAAAGGCCAUACCAAUACAGUUGAGAGGGUAACGUUUGUUCUGGAAGGUGAGCUCAGCAAAGCAACCUCUCAAGACGAAACUCCGUCAAGCGCAUACAAAUUGAUCUCCUGUGGUGCUGAUGGAAAAAUUAUAGUCUGGGAUUUUGAUAGCAAAGCAGUCUCGCGAGUGAAAAGAGGACAUCUCACAACACGGAAGAAGAAAAGUUUCAAAGACAAUGAUUUGAAUCAGGAUCCUAAUCUGAAUCAAGUUGCCUUGCAGCCUGUUUCAAGCCGAGUCAAGCCCCUUUCAAAUAAUGCUCCUCCCAGUAUAACUGUCAAGAAGGCGCAGCAUUCGAGAGCUCGUUCUCUAUCUUACAACGAUGACGGUUUUGCUAAACAGUCUGCGGGCACCAUCGGCAUUAACAAAAUUUUGAGUCCCAGUCCUCAGCCACUGGCUCAUUCUAUCGAGGACGAUGAGGAGAGACAAAAAAUUGUGGUGCUGUUGUACCGUUGGCUCUACGAGAUCAGGUUGAAAAAACACUAUUUGACAGGCAAUAUUGCAAGAGAUGGUAAGAAAAAGUACACCAGUAUUAUUCACAAGAUUGUCAAUGAUGAAGAGCUUCCCUCGAUUCAAAUGCCUUCAUUGGAGGUGGAUUUCUCGUACUUUAUCAGAGACGGUAAGAUCCAAAACUAUCUGGUCACUUCAGACCAGUUCUUCAUUUUUGGAAGAACUGGUGACAUCUUUAGUUACUUACUAGAAUAG